AUGGGGUACGGGCCGGGAGCCUCCGCGCAGCUUUGGCAAAAGCUCGGGUGGAAAGACGUGCACUUCAUGGAGGUGGACCGGUCAUGUGCGGAGAACUGGAAAGAGAAGAUCGCGAAAGAAGGCUACCAAGUGCACAUCGGCGACCAACAGGAAAGCGCGGCACUUGAAGAGGUCAAGGCCAACCUGGAUUUCGAGGUGGAGGUGGUUGUGGACGACGGCGGGCACUGGAACAAGCAAAUCCUGACCUCCUUCUACACCCUGUGGCCGAUCGUGCGCAACGGCGGUUUUUACUUCGUCGAGGACUGGGCAGAAGUUGCCUACUUAUCAAGUGCAAAAAUGUGUUGGCCUGGAAACUUCUGAUGUUUUUUAGUUUGAGAAAGGUUAUGGUGGGCGUACUGCAAUACGCUUACGCACCCGCGCGUGACAAGUUUCUGGACUCCUUUAUUGCGUUUCGCUUUUCAAUUCCACCUGGCAAACUUCACUUUUGCCUUACAGGGAAGACGAAGAGGCUUUUCUCCUGGUCAGAUAUUACAGAUUUAACUGUCAACAUGUGAGACAAGCAUGACAAACCUACAUACCCGAUGAACCUGCAAACGCGACAAACCUCAUGUGAGACAAGUAUGACAAACCUGCGUCGGGUAUACAUGACAGACCUGCACUCUUCCAGACCCAGACACUUUUGCAGUGCAUACUACUACACCGGCUACUAUGACGCGCCGAAAAACGGAGUCGGGCGGGUGGGCGACGAGAAGCCGGGGACUUUUCAGUGGGAGAUCGGCAUGAUGUUGCGCCACCUGUUCUGUAAACCGCUGAAGACGCCCUGCUAUGGUAAUUUUGCUUUUAUCGAGACGCAGUUCAGCCACGUGUUGUUUCGGAAGGGAGGGGAGGAAAUGGAGGUGUGAAGCAAAAGAGUUAUAAAUCAAUAUUUUUGGUUUUGCGGCCGCCCCUAACGUCUUUUGAGACGGGAAACAGAAGGGCUCGACUGCCCAUGCUGGCGAGGCCGGACUGCGAGGAGGACGUCUUCACCGUAAAGAGGUAAAAACUGCUGAGCGUGGCACAGGCACUUCAGCCGCACGAGGAAACCGCCACUGGCAAAGAAUGUUCUCACGUACGUACUCUCAAGUGCAGCAUUGGCCGGUCUUUAUUGUGGUGCCUCGUCACGUCGACUCGCACUCGUCACAUCGGUCGACCAUGGUCAGAAGUACAAGUAGCCACGAGGGGCGGGCGCAGGCUGACCAUUUUCAAUUCAAAAAACGGCAUGCGUUGUAACUGAUCGCAUCGAUGGAUGACGAUGAUCUCUAUGUCUAUAGUCGGUAGCUACUUCGAACCAACGCGAAGCCUUCGUUUUUUUUUCGCUCGAUUCAUCUCAAUUUCUCUAAAGUGUCGUGCUCUUGUGUUAUUUUUCCAAGAAAAUAAACUAAUGAGGGCCUCUGCCUACUGCUACUUGCUCUUGAGUUUUUGUUUCCAGGGACGAUAGUGAGUCUCGGCUUGCUUUCCCUCUGGUAACUCCCCGUGACUGUUAGUUCAUAGCUAAAACGGGCAGCGUUUCUUCAGUUCACGGCGGCGACCGGUUGAGACAUUGGCCACCAACUACUUACACUCAGGAACGCAGACAGUAUGGGAAACUGCCAGUUACUUACUCGCUCGCCUGAAGAAGAGAGCACACAACUGAUUUGUUGUUUUCUUGUUCUUCUUUCGCUUCCAAGAGAAUAUAGACAUAAUCAUAAAAAA